CAGAGCUUUUAAGCUCAAACCGACAACCACAACUGAUUUAACAACAACACAACUCCUUUGGAGCUCAACUCUUGUACCCUUCUCCUUGUAACAAUCCCCAGAUCUCUCUUUGUACCUUUUCCCUCUGUCUUUCCUUCACCUCCCAUCUUUGCCCUCCCCAACACUCGAAAUUACCAAAAUGCCACCUCUCUGGUUCUUCCUUUCCAUCUUCCUCUCCCUCAGCUACUCCUCCACUGCAACCGAGCCGGUCACGUGCUCCGGGAUAGUCCCCAUGAAGUACCGUUACGAUAAGAUUUCGAUAAAGGAUUUCGGGGGCGUCGGCGACGGCGUCACGGUGAACACCAAGGCGUUUCGUGCGGCGAUAUAUCGGAUUCAGCAUUUGCAUAGGAGAGGCGGCACGCUUCUUUACAUACCUCCUGGGGUUUACUUGACAGAGAGCUUCAAUCUCACUAGCCACAUGACUCUUUACUUGGCUAGAGGUGCUGUGAUCAAAGCUACACAGGACACUAAAAAUUGGCCUUUAAUUGCUCCUUUGCCAUCUUAUGGAAGGGGGAGAGAGCGCCCUGGAGGCAGAUAUGUGAGCUUCAUCCAUGGUGAUGGAAUUCAUGAUGUUGUUAUCACUGGUGAGAAUGGGACAAUUGAUGGCCAAGGAGAUGUGUGGUGGAACAUGUGGAGGCAAAGAACUCUUCAGUUCACCAGACCAAAUCUCAUUGAAUUCAUCAACUCUAAAAACAUUAUCAUUUCCAAUGUGAUUUUCCAGAACUCACCAUUUUGGAACAUUCACCCUGUUUAUUCCAGCAAUAUUGUUGUCCGGUAUGUCACAAUAUUGGCUCCAGCUGACUCUCCCAACACUGAUGGAAUUGAUCCAGAUUCAAGCUCUAAUGUCUGCAUAGAGGACUCAUACAUAUCUACUGGAGAUGAUCUUGUGGCUGUAAAGAGUGGAUGGGAUCAGUACGGGAUUGCUUAUGGUCGCCCUAGUUCCGACAUUACCAUCCGCCGGAUCAGAGGAUCAUCCCCAUUUGCUGGAAUUGCAGUAGGAAGUGAAACCUCUGGUGGGGUGGAGAAUGUAUUCGUGGAACACAUAAACCUUCACAAUGUGGGAGUUGGCAUCCAUAUAAAGACAAACAUCGGCAGGGGAGGCUUCAUAAGAAACAUAACAGUUUCAAAUGUCUACAUGGAAAAGGCACGAAAGGGUAUAAAGAUAGCAGGAGAUGUUGGAGACCACCCUGAUAACAACUACAACCCAAACGCACUCCCAGUGGUGAAGGGCAUCACAUUAACAGACAUCUGGGGUAUACAAGUUCUGCAGGCAGGUCUUAUCCAAGGCCUCAAGAACUCCCCUUUCACCGGAAUCUGUCUUUCCAACAUCAACCUCCACGGCAUGCCCGGAACAUCAAGAACACCUCCAUGGAAGUGCUCGGACAUCAGCGGGGCUGCUCAUCUGGUGAGCCCUAUCCAAUGCUCCGAGCUGACCAGUGCCCAACACGCAAGUUCAUGCUCCAACUACUAAAACAAAGUUUGUGCAACUCUUCUAUAGUUCUAUUUUCUCCCCAAAACUUGGGAGAAGCGAGCUUUUAUCUUCCUUUCUGUAAUGCAAAAUGUAAUGUUCUUGCGCCAUUCAUACAAUCUGGCAUGUAAUAUAUAGGUUAUGCAUUCGUCGAUUUGCAUCAU